CCCUGCACCUCAGCUCAACCACUUGUCAACUGGUUGUCUUUGAUAAUUAGCGCAAGCGCUCAGUUUCUUGAAGAACAAGAUCAGAACCCACGAUCCAAUAUGUCUAAGCUUUUCAUUGGUGGCCUAGCAUGGCACACAGAGGAAGCUACUCUGCGUCAGAAGUUUGAGGAGUUCGGCCCUGUCGAAGAAGCUGUGGUGGUUAAGGACCGUGAUACCGGCCGCAGCCGUGGCUUUGGAUUUGUGCGAUACACCCAGGAGGGCGAUGCUCAGAAGGCCAUCGCAACCAUGAACAAUGUCGAGUUUGACGGACGAACCAUUCGAGUUGACAAGGCAUCCGACAAUGGCCCCCGAGGCGGCUUCGGCAGAGGAGGUGGGUACGGGCGAGGCUUUGGGGGACCAGCUCCGUACGGAAUGGCUCCGCCUGGACACGGCUACCAAGUCCCUGCUCCGAACAUGUAUGCGCCUAUGCCUUAUGGCCGGGGAUACCCUCAUCCCCAGCAAGCCUACGGCGCUCCCCCCCAAGGAUUCAUGCCUCAGCAGCAGUUUGGGUACCCUGAUCCUUCUCAAAUGCCUCCCCAGCAACAACACCCUCAGGGUGGAAGGGGAUAUUAGUUGACGUAACUUGAGGCCGGAGUGGAGUGCGUCACAUUGC